AUGAGGAUUAAAACAGACCCCUCGCUUCAGGACAAGUCUCCUGCUCAGCUCCAGCAUCGCGUGAGCACCAAUGCUCUCACCGCGCUCCUUCAGCGGGGAGGAGAUGUGUCCGACCGACAGGAGGCGAUGGGGGAGUACGGCCUGCAGUUUGCGAAGACUCUGCUGCCGGUCCCUCCUCAGCUGCUCGCCAUCGCCCCUCAGCUUCACGGCGGCAGGCAGUGUGAAGGCAGCGACCUGCACGUCGACUUCUGUCACGCUGACCCCUGCCCCAUCAACGGUCACUGGAGCCCGUGGAGCAGCUGGGGCGGCUGCAGCAGGACGUGCAACGGGGGUCAGACGAGGCGCUACCGGACGUGUGACGACCCCAGCCCCGCCAACGGGGGGGGAGCGUGUGCAGGAGCAGACACGCAGGUACAGAGGUGCAGCACCGACACCUGUCCAGUGGACGGGAGCUGGGCCUCGUGGCAGCUCUGGGGAGGAUGCUCCGCCUCCUGCGGCGGCGGCGAGAGGACGCGCGCCCGUCUGUGUCACAGUCCGCCUCGUGGGAACGGAGGUCGGCCGUGUCCGGGAGACUCCUCCCAGCUCUCCAGGUGUAACGCUCACGCCUGCCCAGGCGGCCCCCAGAGCGCACGAGGAAGCAUCGUAGGAAACAUCAACGACAUUGAGUUCGGCAUAUCCAUCCUCACCGCCACCGUCACAGACGGCCAGUCUGGUGGCAGAACCGUCACGGCCACGAUCACCAACGUCCCGAGGACACGAGCUGCCGUUCCUCUCCGGGAGGCGGCGAGUCCGCCGAGAGCCGAGUCGUCCCGAGCGACGCAUCCCCCCCCUCAUCAGCACCAUCCCCACGACGACCACCACCACCUCCACCAGGGACAGCACCACCUGCCGCAGCAGCAGAGGGAGGCGGCCAGGCAGACGCAGACGCAGCCACACGCGCAGACGCAGACGCAGACGCAGACGCAGACGCAGACGCAGCGGCCGCGACCUCCAGUCCAGCCGCAGUCUCCUCCGCAGCCGCAGCUGACGCUCCAGGAGCUCCGCAGGUCUCUUCCUCCGUUCCCGACCUUCGUGGAUGUGCCGGGCCCCUGCGACCCCGACGACCUCAUCGACGGCAUCAUCUUCGCGGCGACGUACCUGGGCUGCACACACCUGCUGUCGGAGAGGACGCCCAGCAAGAGCGCCCGCAUGCAGCAGGCGCAGGAGGCCAUGAACAGAGUCCGGGCCGCUCAGAAACAGGCAAAGAACAGGAAACAGAGCCCCGACGGCGAGGCGGCGGCGGCGGCCACGGCGGAGGUGGACCUGUUCAUGUCCACCCAGAGGAUCAAAGUCCUCAACGCAGACACUCAGGAGCCUCUGAUGGACCUCCCCCUCAGGACCAUCUCCUACAUCGCGGACAUCGGCAACAUGGUGGUGCUGAUGGCGCGGGGGAAGAUGGUCCGGCCCCGCGGCGCCGAGCAGAGCGCCGUCUCCCCCGACGACCGCCGCCUCUACCGGAUGGUCUGCCACGUCUUCGAGUCGGAGGACGCCCAGCUCAUCGCCCAGUCCAUCGGCCAGUCGUUCAGCGUGGCCUACCAGGAGUUCCUGCGGGCCAACGGCAUCGACCCGGAGGACCUGAGCCAGCGGGAGUACAGCGACCUGCUGAACACUCAGGACAUGUACAACGAUGACCUCAUCCACUUCUCCAAGUCGGAGAACUGCAAAGACGUUUACAUUGAGAAGCAGAAAGGAGAGAUGCUGGCGGUGGUGAUCGUGGAGUCGGGCUGGGGCUCCAUCCUCCCCACAGUCAUCAUCGCCAGCAUGAUGCAUGCUGGGCCGGCGGAGAAGUCCGGCCGCCUCAACAUCGGAGACCAGAUCAUGACCAUCAACGGCACCAGUCUGGUGGGGCUGCCGCUCGGCACCUGCCAGAGCAUCAUCAAGGGCCUCAAGACUCAGUCCAGGAUCAAGCUGAACAUCGUCAGGUGUCCCCCCGUCACCAUGGUGCUCAUCCGCAGGCCGGACCUCCGGUACCAGCUGGGCUUCAGCGUCCAGAACGGCAUCAUCUGCAGCCUGAUGCGAGGCGGCAUCGCGGAGCGAGGCGGCGUCCGCGUCGGCCACCGCAUCAUCGAGAUCAACAGCCAGAGCGUGGUCGCCACGCCGCACGAGAAGAUCGUCCAGAUCCUGUCCAACGCCAUGGGAGAGAUUCACAUGAAGACGAUGCCGGCCGCCAUGUACCGGCUGCUGACCGCCCAGGAGCAGCCCGUCUACAUCUGAACACCCGGCUCACCCUCCCUGUCUCACCUCUCUCACCCUCCCUGUCUCACCCUCCUCACCCUCCCCGUCUCACCUCUCUUGCUCUUUACCGUCUCACCUCUCGUCUCACCCCAUCUUACCUCUCUCUCCCCCAUCUCCUCUCUCCUCCCCUCCUCUCCACUGCCUCCCCCCCUCCUCUCUCGUCUCACCUCUCCUCCACUGCCUCCCCCCCCCCCCCUCCCCUCUGUAUGCCGUUUGAUUUCACUCUACUUGCCUUACUCAGUAAUCUGAGCGGUGGUUGUCAUGGCGACGUGUCACCCUGCCAGAUGCCGACGAGGCCGAGUGUUCCCGUGACGUGUUUGACCAAAGACAGGUAGUGGCUUUUAUUGUGUAUAAUUUAGGAGGCAAACAGAGUCAAUAAAUAUCUGUAAUACCUGAAUGUACUCGGACCUAUCAGUGAUCAGACGGAGAGACGGGGCGCAUGAACAGCUGAUCAAUAACUGAUCAAUAAACUGAUCAAUAAACUGA